AUGAAAUUCGGCGUGCAGCUCAAGACAUACAGGGCACCGCAUUGGAAAUAUCAUUACGUCGAUUAUGAUGGCCUCAAGGAGCAUAUUCGAUCCAAGAGUCAAGACACACAGUUUACUCAAGAAGAUGAGACUAGAUUUAUCAACUUGCUUUCAGCAGAACUAGAAAAGGUCGCUUUAUUUCAAGCACUCAAACUGGGAGAGAUUCAAAGGAGGAUAGAGCACUGCGAACACACAAUUCAGCAACAUCAGGUCUCUGAAAAGUCAUCCGAACGAUUGACCUUAUCCUCAUUUGUUGAGACUGAAUCCGAGAUCAACAAAAUUACGUAUGAUCUUCAGGAUUUGGCUCGAUUCCAACGUUUAAACUAUACUGCAUUUCUGAAACUCGUCAAAAAGCAUGACAAGCACACGGGUUUUACACUUCGACCAUAUUUCAUGAAUCAGCUUCUCUGUAAUCAGCCAUUCCAUCGAGAGAACUUUGCUCUGUUAGUUAGUCGUCUCUCAUGUCUGUACAACAUCGUUCGUACAGGAACUGUGCCCGUCGUCACCAAGGCGCAGUCAAUCGAUUCAGAAGAUGAAGAUGAGGAACUGGAGUAUUCAGGAUGCAUACCCAAGAAGACCGCAUUCUGGGUUCACCCCGAUUGUGUCAUGGAUCUCAAAAUGCUGAUCCUCAAGUACUUGCCUCUAGUGGUGUAUGAGCCACCAUUAACAUCAUCUUUGGCCUCGUCCGAAAGAUCAACCUCCAGUAGCCAACUGACUUCGUGCGUUACCAGCGAGAGUCCAGUCUCGACCAUUUAUCUCGACAACAAGGACUUUGACAUGUAUAUGGGGCAGAUCGAGAACCGAGAACAGAGUGAAACUUAUCGCCUACGAUGGUAUGGAUCAGACAAGAAGCUGAUGUGGGUCGAAUACCAACAGAGAAACACCCAGUCAGCAACCGUAGACGCAUCAUCCUCUACGGUACCACCAUCCUCUACACCGCUGUCCAUGUCUGUGUCAGAUAAUGCCUCUGUGACUAAACAUCGGUUUCAGAUAAAGUCAAAGUAUGUCCCAAAGUUACUACAAGGGACCGCUAAGCUGAGCAAGGCUGUGGACCAAAUGCGCCGGUCAGGACAAAAGACUGAACAGGAGAUUCAACAGUUUGAAGAGUCAACUCGAAAGGUUCAAUCCAAGAUCCAUGAGCAUGGUCUCCAGCCUGUGACUCAAGUGUUUUUCAACAGGACAGCUUUCCAAGUGCCAGGAGAUGCUCGGGUCCGGAUUACGAUUGACACUGAUGUGGUGAUGGUUCGGGAGAACCCGAUCAGAGCUUCAGCGUUGUAUGAGCGACCAUGGGAUCCAGUUGAUUUGAAGGCAGAAAACUAUCCAUUCCCACAUGUUCGGGACCAAGAUAUUGUUCGAUUUCCUUACGCAAUCAUGCAAAUCCGAACGCUGGCAGAGUCACAGGAAGAAGUUCCUGGAUGGGUUGAUCGGAUUGUAAGGAGUCAUCUUGUGGAGAUGGUUCCUAAUUUUACUAAAGACCUACAUGCGAUCUCCACCUUAUAUGAGUCUCGUGUUGCCCUAUUGCCAUUCUGGUUGUCGGACAUGGACCGUGAUAUCCGCAAGCCAGCGAUGUUGACAGGCGGAUUCUCUCAUCUGUCUUCUAGCCAACAUGAUUCUAACUCGAACUCUGGAACGAACGAUACAUUGACCUCGGGUCGGUCUUCUGGCUCUGCGACAUCCCUUUCUGAGAAUGGAUCCCCUUCAGCAUCCUCGAAGGGAGUAUCGGCUCUCAAGAAUAAGGACAACAGCAAACGUUCUCGCAAGAGUAUUUUGGACUCGAAUGAGAUUUAUACUCCCCAUGUUGUUACAUUUGAUGAAGAAGUCCUGGAUUUAGUGGCGAACCGAUUGAUGUUGGAGCAACAACAGAUGCAACAACAAAAUGGUGUGGAUGGAUCCAAUUCGAAUGGCAAUGCCCUUACAGAUUCUUCCGCCCUUAAAGUGAAGAAGCCUGUGGUCAGCUGUCUUAAGAAGCAUGGGUCGUUCUCAAGCAUGCAGAGCAGAAAUGGUUCUAAUGAGGAUUUGACCGCACUAGAGAAUCAUAGCAAUGGGUAUGGAUCCGUUUCAUCCGAUUCAUCUCAGGUGACAGGCAAUAGCAACAAUAGCAACAAUAGCAACAGCAGCAACAGCAACAACAACAACAAUAACAAUAACAAUAACAAACGGACCACAAAGCGUGUGACAUUCAAGAGAAGCAUGGCGCAGAAAUGGCAUGAUAUCUUUAUGGAUUGGAAUCCGUUCUACAACGAUGAGCCUUAUUAUUAUGAUGUGGAGUCUCAAGCCUACUUGGGUAGGAAUGGUGUUCGAAGAUCUGAUAGUUUGAGAGCGAAGAUCGGUCGUUGGUUCUGGAGGGGAGUGUCUGGAGCGAAUAUUGUGUUGCUGUUUGUAGGAUUGGUCUUGUCGUUGAUGAACCUGGGCGACAGUAUGGGACUGGAGGCCGCUUCAUUGUUCUUGGCAGUGAGCUGUUUGUGUAUGGGUACGACUGUGUGGGCGCAUUUGAUCCGCAUGGAUGGCCAUGAAGACGGGAUGACGGAUGAUUUUGAGGAGGAUUUCUUAAAGUUAUCCAGAUCCAAGAGUGGCGGCGGCGGCGGUGGUAACUACUCGUAUGCAUCCUAUAGCAACACUAACAACAUUAAGAAGAGCAGUAGCAGGAGAAGCAGGCGAGCCCUCUUUAACGAACGGAGCGCAUUGUUGGCAGCUGGUUCCACAGCACAUGCAAGUCAGUUCACUCAUGCGGUACAUCAUGGUCGAUGGAUCCGAACACGGUUCAUGCCUGUGCUCACAUUCUUGUCUCUGAGUGCUGUCGUGACCUUGAAUGCCAUGGUUCAGAUGAGACCCUACAGUGAAGAUAUUGGAGAUGACUAG